AUGUCUAAGCGGAUAGCGGUACGGGCGAUUAUGUUCAGUAAAGCUAACUUCAAAAACACUUAUUACCCUUGUACUGGCGUCAACUCCCUCACCUACAUUGUGGGAUUUUGCAGCGAGUCCUGUGCAGAGAAGGCCUGCUCGUCUCCAUCGUCACCUGCUCAUGGACUCGGACGACACUGCUAUGAAUGCGACAGCCUGCUUCCGUGUCUGCUGCUAGACAACUACGCCGGCUGGCCAAAGUCCUCGAGUGAAUCGAUUGGCGGCACAGACGUCGCUCAUCUGGCCUUCGCCUGCGUCGCUGACACCGACUCAAACAGCCUGCUGGACUUUGUCUGCGAAACCGGAAGGUACCAGAGUGGACCACGUCACCAGGUCUUUGUUCGCACGGCUGCUAGAGCGACAUUCUCUGUGGUGUUCAAUCCGGUUGAUUAUGGUUUAUCAGCUUGGCUGGUAGCAAACACCGAAUACGGAAGCCCAGCUGAUGUCUGGCAGCUCACGGUGGCCACCAUCUUUUUGACCUGCUGCCUGUUUAAUUCUAAUCCCCCCCUGCAUCACCACACGCUCACGCUGACCCCUACCACACCUAAUCUCCACCCAGCUCGGCUACAUUUUGCGGCAAAGCCUGUGGAGUUUACUAUAUGGAUGCAACUGGAAUAG